AUGAAUGGUAGCAAACUUGAAGAAUUUGCUCAAGAGUAUUCUGUUAAUUGUACCCUUUGUGGAACAAUUAUUAUCACCGAAUUAGAUCAUGAAUAUAUACCCGAAAAGGUACAACAAGAUGAUGAAGCACGUCUUGCAGCAGUUGAAUUGUUAGAACCAAUUAAGAAUCCUCAAACAU